CUGAUUGCACAAAAGUCAUUGAUCGGACCGGUACACUCCAUCUCCCCGCCGUUGGAUCUUGUCGGGGACGGACUGGAUGCAAUCGUGGUGCUCUCUGGGCGUGGUUUGCACGUCUUUCAGCACGAUGUGGAUGAUGUACUGACGGUGAUGCGCAAACGUGUUUCCUCGCUUUGA